CAAAAUUCGUGUAGCUCUGCAACUCUCCAGAGUCCAGUCUCGAGUUUCGUCUCCAUCGUCGUCGUCAUCAUCAUCAUCUAUCUCUCUAUUCAUGCUCUCGAUUUCAGAAUCAACCUCGGUUCGAUUGAGGAUCUUCGUCGAUUCAACAUUCAAGACUACUCAGAUAGCUAUUUCGCCUUAUCACUUGGCGACUACGAGAUUUCUUGUUGUCAUCUUCGAACGAACGAGGUACAAGAACAGAUCAGAGCCUGAUUUAUAUCCUCUUCUUUUUUUAACUGGUUAUCUUCUUUGCUUCUCUAGUGGAAGCAACAUGACGUUUAGCUCUGGCGAAGAGGGCCCAGCUAUUGUGCAAUUGCAUAAAUGGGAACCUUCUCGGUUGCAAGUAAACCUGGCACAGUUCCGUGAAGCUUUCCUUUCCCCAACCAGGGAACUUGUAUUAUUACUUUCAUAUCACAAUAAAGGCCUACUUCUUCCUGUAGGCAAAGGUAAACAUCCGAACUUAAUUGUCUAUUCUAUGAUUAAACCUGGUUCAUGUCGAUUUGAAGAUGUAUGUUCUCUUUUCUCUGCAGGUGAAGCUGUAAAUAACAAUGGUUGUGGAAUUGGAGAUCUCCAGAAGCCGGAGUUCUUACAGUCUUCUCUGCCACAGUUUGCAGCUACCAGUGAGCCAGGUGUAAGUGUCGAUGAUCGCAUCAAUUCCGAUCCAGCAGAUAUGGGUCCAGACAAUACAUUUUCUAUCCAAACUGAUUUAAAAAGAUCUAAUAGCUAUCCCAUGCUUUCGAAUAUUAAUUCACUUGCUUGGGGUAUAUGUGAGAAUUCAAAUAAUCAGCACGAGGGAGCUUUAUUUAGAGAACUUCUCUUCGUGGUUGGAGAUCAUGGUUUGACGGUCCAUGCAUUUCUUCAACCCACUGAAUGCAGGGAAUCCAUUGAACCUAUGCUGGAUGGAAAGAGUGAAGGGGUAUGGGUGGAAUGGGGUCCAUCUACCUCCUCACCUCAUAACACAGACAAGCAGAGGUCCUCUAGAGAUGCAAUCCAUCAAAGUAAGCCAGAUAAUGAUGGUGAAAACGUAAACACUUGCUUUGAGUCUGGGGAUGACCUGUCAGAGGCUGCUGAAGGAAGGAGAUGGUUGCGAACCUUUCUUAUCAAACUCAAAACAGUGAAAUCCGAAGGCAACCUUUGUAGCAGAUUUCCGGACAAGUCACAUUUUCCAUCCUCCACUGCAGUUGUUUCCUUUAACAUUUUUGAAAAUGAUUCUACUCUUCUGAGAUUCGUAUUUAAUGGGAACACCAACUUAUAUCAAAAGGAGAGUUCUGCUACUUUAGAUCCUGCAGGGGAUGAGAUGAACAUUUCAUACGAAUGCUGUAGAGUGUUCGUUAAUAAUUCACAUGACCUGAUUGGGUUUGCCUUGACGUUAGAGGAUUUUUUUCCUGCCAACACCAAUGAUAAAUCUGAAAGGAAGAAGAGAAAAAAUGUACUUGUUGGUAGGAUUGUCAGCUGGGGUAUAGAGUGGCUCUUCUCAGUGAAGCUUGAUGAGGUUGUAAAUAUGGUUCCUGUGGAUCAAUGGACAGACUUUAAGUUUUCUGAUAAAUAUCUUAUAUGCCUUAAUUCUGCUGGCCUAAUAAAUUUUUUUGGUAAUAUAAAUGGUGAAUAUGUAGGAUGUGUAAAUCUUUUAGAAAUACAUGGAUUUCAUCCUAGAUUGAAAACAGUGGGAUUAGAGAAGUCUUUUGUCCAAGGUGAUGUACCUCCCAAAGGUGCUAAUUUUGAAGGUGAAAAUAGGUAUACUACAUCAUCUCAUCAAAACGGAGAUUUUGUUGGUGAAAGUGUGUUUAGGACACUUCUUGUUGCUUCACAUACCUCGCUGGUAGCUGCAAUUGAUGAUUAUGGUAUAGUUUAUGUAGUUCGUGCAAGCGACCAUGUUUCAGGCGUAAAUAACUCCGUUGAGAAGUCUCUACCACAAUUUCAACAAUUAAGGUACAGGACAUUGGCUGGUUGGGAGGUUGGUGGUGCUGAUAUUAGCCACCAGAGGCUAUAUAAUAAUCUCUCUCCAAACCUAACGUUUGUAAGGGAGAAAAGUUUUUUUAAGGACAAAAUGGGAAGUAAAGAUUUGCCUACAUUGCAAGGCAGUGCAGAAAAGAUGGGUAACGAGUCAGUUAUCACAGGUUUCUCUGCUGCUUCACAGAUAGUGCGACAUAAGAUCCACAGUUCCGAGCUGUCAUCCGGUGCUCUAAGAAGUAUAUUUCUUCCAACUGAUAAACAUAGCAAAGAUGAUAUCAUAUGCCUUUCCCCAUUUGGAAUCACCCGGCUUAGUAGAAAUGACGGUACAACCAAAAACAUGACUUCCCGUAUUGUCCACGGCAACUUGCAUGUUGACUCGGCUAUGAAUGCUGAUAAAGACUCAAAUGGUGGAGAUCAGGAAGUUACUGUAGGAGUUGCAGUUGGUUGCACGUUCCAUGGAUGUUUUUAUUUGGUCACAGAAGACGCUCUUUCAGUAGUUCUCCCCUCCAUUUCAGUAGCUUCUGGUUGCAUUCCUGUUGAAGCCAUUGGAUACCAUCAGAUUAAUAGCAGCACUAUGGAUCAAACUGCAACCCUCAUUGAAACGAAAAAAUUCAAGCAGCCUUGGCCAACUUGGAAAAUAGAGGUUUUGGAUAGAGUUCUUUUAUACGAAGGUCAUGAAGAGGCAGAUCAUUUAUGCUUGCAAAAUGGAUGGGACCUGAAGGUUUCUCGGAUUCGUCGCUUGCAGCUGGCAUUGGAUUACCUGAACUUUCAGGAAAUCGAGAUUUCAUUAGAGAUGCUUGCUGGUGUGAGUUUGGCGGAAGAAGGCGUCCUGAGAUUGGUCUUUGCUGCUGUUUAUCUAAUGUUAAACAAAGGUGGAAAUGAUAAUGAUGUAUCUGCUGCGUCAAGGCUUCUGUCUUUGGGCACCCAUUUUUCUACCAAAAUGAUACGUGGAUAUGGAUCAUUGCAGCAUAUGCAAAAUGGAAUCAUGUCAAGGAGUAUUACAGGCAUGACGGAUUCUUCUCUCCCAUUGCUUUUAGCAGAUAAAGAACACAGUGAAAUUGAAAAUUUAAGAAGGCUUCAGGAGAUGGCUCGCUUGCUGGAGAUCACACGAAACAUGCAAUGUCGACUUGCUACUAAAUUUAAAAAGUCUGCUACAAGAUCUGGGGAUGGUUUAAAGCCAUUGGAGUUUGUGGAUUCAGAAUUAUCACAGGAUGACCCUGAGCAUCCAAAGCUUCCCACAUAUGCCUCUACACUGGAAACAACAAAUGAGCAGGAAUAUCCGACUGGAAUGAAAUCUGCUACCGCUGAAAAGCAUGCUUUGAUGUCAAUGAACUCAUUUGACUCUAGAUCCUAUUCAGAUUUGGAGAGCUUUGGUGGAGCAUCUAUUUCUCAAGUAGAAACAAGUUUCCUAGGAAGGAGAGCUAUUCCUUCUGAAAAUCCUAAAGAUAUGAUUGCACGUUGGGAAUUAGAUAAUUUAGACCAAAAAAAUGUUGUGAAAGAUGCCUUACUUUCUGGUCGUCUUCCAUUAGCUGUUCUUAAAUUGCAUCUACAUCAACAAGAGCAUAUGGAUGCUAACAAAGAGCCUCAUGAUACUUUCGAGAAAGUUCGUGAUAUUGGAAGGGCUAUUGCUUACGAUCUGUUUCUAAAGGAUGAAACUGAACUUGGUGUAGCCACACUGCAAAAGCUCGGAGAGGACCUGGAAAGUUGCCUAAGACAGCUGCUUUUUGGCACCGUUAGGAGAUCUCUUCGAAAGCAAAUAACUGAAGUGAUGAAAACUCAUGGAUAUCUUGGACCCUAUGAGUUGAAGAUAUUGGAAGGGAUAUCAUCCAUUGAGAGGACGUACCCUUGCAGUAGUUUUUACGUAACAUUCCGUGCCCGGCAAAAGGAGUUGAUGAGAAUUGAGGAUGUCAAUUCGCCAGAAGAAAUCAAGCUGCCUCAGUUGCAUUCACUAUCUAACGACCUUAUGAUUGAGUGUGGUGAACUUGAUGGAGUUGUAUUAGGUUUAUGGAGAUACGUCAGCAAAUAUUCGGAUGUUCCGGUGGUCGAUGAUGAUGACACCCAUGCUGGUUACUGGGCUGCAGCUGCAGUCUGGUCUGAUGCUUGGGAUCAGAGGACCAUUGAUCGUAUAGUGCUAGACCGAUUUUCUCUUGUGGAUUUUGAUAUGUCAUGGGAGUCACAAUUUGAGUACCACAUAUGCCACUGUAACUGGGAGGAAGCUUCCAGGCUCAUAGAUAUAAUUCCAUCCUACUCAUCUUCACAUGGAAAUCUUCGAAUCAGUUUGGAUGGCUUACCAAGUGCUUCUACUGGAUACAAAAGUGAGUUUAGUGACUAUGGAAACUACAUAUAUUCUAUAGAAGACUUGGAUGCUGUCUGUAUGGAUGUGCCAGAUAUCAGAAUAUUGCGGUUCCCAUCCAUUAAUGCAUGCUCCAUGUGGUUACAAUUACUUGUGGAAACGCGGCUUGCUAAGAAAUUUAUAUUUCUCAAGGAAUUCUGGGAGGGCACUGAGGAAGUAGUAUGCCUUCUGGCAAGGUCGGGCAUUAUCACCAGUUCCAGUGAUUUAUCUUCUCUUGAGCAGUCAACAAAGGAUUCAACAGAUCUGUGUCUCACGAGUAUCGAUAGAGACAUCAGUACUGGUUCUUUCCUGGGUCUGCAUAAGCUGUUUCUGCAUCAUUGUAUUCAGCAUAACUUGCCAUACCUACUUGAUCUUUACCUUGAUCACCAUAAGUUGGCUAUGGAUCGUGAUCUCUCUGCCUUGCUAGAAGCCGCUGGAGAUUGUCACUGGGCAAAAUGGUUGCUACUAUCAAGGGUUAAAGGGAACGAGUAUGAGGCAUCAUUCUCAAAUGCUCGCUCAAUUGCAUCACGUAAUUUUUCGCAUGACAAUAGCCUAGGUGCACUGGAAAUUGAUGAUAUCAUUCAUACAGUGGAUGACAUUGCUGAAGGAGCAGGAGAACUGGCAGCUAUAGCCACGUUAAUGUAUGCACCAGUUCCUAUUCAGGAUUGCUUGAGCACUGGUAGUGUAAAUCGGAACCGCAGCUCCUCAGCUCAGUGUACAUUAGAAAAUCUAAGGCCAGCCAUGCAACGGUUUCCUACACUAUGGCGCACUCUAGUAGCAGCAUGUUUUGGACAAGAUCCAACUUGCAACUAUUUUAGCUCCAGAUCAAAAGCGUUCAGAAAUUCUAAUUUAUCAGAUUAUCUGAACUGGCGUGACAACAUCUUUUACUCUGCUGGACAUGAUACUUCGCUUGAACAAAUGCUCCCAGGAUGGUUCUCUAAGGCUGUCCGGAGACUGGUUCAGCUUUAUGUGCAGGGUCCUCUUGGUUGGCAAUCUGUACCAGGGUUGCCUGUCGAAGAAUCUUUUCUUCUUAGAGAUGUUGAUUAUUUAGAUGACGGUAAUGAGCAAGCCAAGAUCAGUACAUUGUCCUGGGAAGCUGCUAUCCAGAGGCAUGUAGAGGAGUUGUAUGGGCCUUCAGCAGAGGGAUCUAGACUUGGGCUUGAGCAUCACCUGCACCGUGGACGUGCCUUGGCAGCUUUUAUACAUCUCUUAUCUUUAAGAGUGAAAAGGUUAAAAUUGGAAUUUGAGACACGCAGAGUGCAUUCAGAUACCUCAGUAAAUGGGCAAUCAAAUAUUCAAUCUGAUGUUCAUACUCUACUUUCUCCAAUAACGCAAGAGGAAGAGUCUCUUCUUUCAUCUGUCAUGCCCCUUGCAGUCAUGCAUUUUGAAGAUUCUGUGUUGGUUGCUUCCUGUGCUUUUCUUUUGGAGCUCUGUGGAUUAUCUCCCAGUAUGCUUCAAGUGGACAUUGCUGCUCUGAGGCGGAUAUCUUCUUUCUUUAAAUCUGUUGAGUACACUGACAAUUCCGUGCAACCUUCAUUUAAGGGCUCUAUAUUUCUUCCAACACCCCUUGAAGGUGAUAUUACUAGCUCUUUGGCUCGAGCAUUGGCGGAGUACUAUUUGAAAAACUAUCACACUGGCAUUGUGAAAGAAAAAGAUAAACAGAUCACCAGUAAUGCUAAACAAGCCGCUCGAGCACUUGUACUUGUCCUUCAGAAUUUGGAGAAGGCAAGUCUCCCGUCACUGGUUAGUGGAGAAACAUGUGGAUCUUGGCUAAUGAGUGGAAAUGGUGAUGGAGCAGAGUUGAGAUCACAGCAGAAAGCUGCAAGUCAGCACUGGAGUUUGGUUACAGAGUUCUGUAGAAUGCAUCAGAUACCCAUGAGCACCAAGUAUCUGGCUGUAUUAGCUAAAGACAAUGACUGGGUUGGAUUUCUUUCAGAGUCUCAGGUUGAAGGGCAUCCUCUUGAUACGGUGAUCCAAGUGGCUUCAAAGGAGUUCAGCGAUCCUUGUCUAAAGGUUCAUAUUUCAACGGUUCUCAAAGGAAUGCAGUCAAGGAAAAAUGUUCCUUCUUCCACAAACUUCAAUAGCACGAAUAAAAAGAAUAAAUCUUCCUUCUUGGAAGAUAACAACUACAUCCCUGUUGAACUCUUUGGUAUAAUAGCUGAUUGUGAGAAGCAGAAAAAUCCUGGAGAGGCCCUCUUGUUAAAAGCGAAGGAUUUGUGCUGGUCAGUUUUAGCAAUGGUUGCUUCUUGUUUUCCAGAUGUGUCUUCGUUAUGCUGCCUAACAGUUUGGCUAGAGAUAACAGCAGCAAGGGAAACAUCAUCCAUCAAGGUCAACGACAUUGCUUCUCAAAUAUCUAGUAAUGUUGCAGCAGCUGUGGAGACUAACAAUUUUUUGCCGGUGACUGCUAGAGCCGAAACACUUCACUACAACCGCAGGAAUCCCAAACGUAGGCGGCUUAUGGAGUCUGUACUGGUUGAUACCUUAACUUCCAAGGGAUCUGAUGUAUCUACUGCUUCCAGUAGCACCAGCAUAUUCAUUGAUCAAGGAAUUAUUUCCAGAGGGGAAAGCAAAGAAAUGGCUGAUGAGAACAAAGUUUCAACUGAAUCCGAUAAAGUAUUUGAUUCCUUAUCGAAAAUGGUUGCAGUGCUUUGUGAGCAGCGUCUGUUUCUUCCUUUGCUAAGAGCUUUUGAAAUGUUCCUUCCUUCAUGUUCUCUAUUGCCCUUCAUCCGCGCUCUUCAGGCCUUCUCUCAGAUGCGUCUAUCAGAAGCUUCUGCUCAUCUGGGAUCUUUUUCUGCCAGAAUCAAGGAAGAACAUCCCAAUGUACAAACAACUUCAGGUAGAGAUGGAUCCAAUGGGACUUCAUGGGUAAGUUCCAUUGCUGAGAAAGCUUCUGACGCAAUGCUUAUGACUUGUCCAUCACCUUAUGAAAAAAGAUGCUUAUUGCAACUAUUAUCCGCCACUGAUUUUGGUGAUGGGGGAUCUGCCAUGUCACACUACCGGAGACUGUAUUGGAAGAUCAAUCUAGCCGAGCCUCUUUUACGCAAAGAUGAUGUUCUACAUCUAGGGAAUGAAUCAUUGGAUGAUGCUUCCCUUUUAACUGCCUUAGAAACAAAUGGACACUGGGAACAGGCACGCAAUUGGACCAAGCAGUUGGAGGCUAGUGGUGGGCCUUGGAAGUCAGCUGUACACCAUGUGACAGAAACACAGGCUGAAUCAAUGGUGGCAGAGUGGAAAGAGUUUCUUUGGGAUGUCCCAGAAGAGAGGGUUGCUUUAUGGGGCCACUGCCAGAUGCUUUUUCUCAGAUAUUCUUUUCCUCCAUUACAGGCUGGAUUAUUCUUCCUGAAACAUGCAGAAGCUGUGGACAAAGAUCUUCCACCAAAGGAACUGCAUGAAUUGUUGCUUCUUUCUCUCCAGUGGUUGAGUGGAAUGAUAACUCAGUCUGCUCCAGUGUAUCCAUUGCAUCUUCUGAGGGAGCUUGAAACUAGAGUAUGGCUCCUCGCAGUAGAAUCAGAAGCUCAGGUUAAGAGUGAAGGGGAGUUGACCCUAAACAGUCCCAGUAAGGAAGCUGGAUAUGGGAAGGGAUCAAGUAUUGUAGACCAUACUGCAAGUAUUGUAUCAAAAAUGGAUAAUCAUAUUAACACAAUGAGGGCUAGGAAUGAGCGCAAUGAUGCAAGGGACCAUCAUUUGGCACAUCACAAAGGCCCUCAUGUCUUAGAUGCAGCCACUUCCACUAGCUCCGCAAGCACAAAGUCAAAACGUAGAGCCAAAGGCUUCGUGCCAUCGAGAAAGACUUUUGUUGAUGUUGAAAAAACUGCCGAUUCUGAAGAUACUUUUUUGCCUAAUAAUCUGAGAGGCGACUUAAAGUCAGCAGAAGAAAAUUCUCGAAUAGAUUUAUCUUUUUCGAGGUGGGAAGAAAGCAUUGGACCUGCCGAGCUGGAGAGGGCUGUUCUUUCUCUGUUGGAGUUUGGACAAAUAGCAGCUGCUAGGCAGCUCCAGCAUAAGCUAUCGCCAUCUCAUUGUCCAUCAGAAUUCGUUCUUGUGGAUGCAGCUCUGAAGCUUGCAGGGAUUGCAACUCCUAGCAACAAAGUAGCGAUUUCCAUGUUAGAUGAUGAAGUGCGUUCUGUAAUUCAAUCACGCAACCUGCCUACUGAUAAUCAAUUCAUUGUUCCAAUGCAGGUAUUGGAGAGUUUGACGACCUUCUUCUUAGAUGGUAGAGGGCGUGGAUUGUGCAAAAGAUUGAUAUCUGUUGUAAAAGCUGCAAAUGUGUUGGGUCUUUCAUUUUCGGAGGCAUUUGAUAAAAAUCCCAUCGAACUGCUACAACUGCUUUCUCUCAAAGCACAAGAUUCAUUUAAGGAAGCAUAUCUCCUAAUUCAAACUCAUCCCAUGCCAGCUGCUAGUAUAGCUCAGAUUCUUGCAGAAUCUUUUUUAAAGGGCUUAUUAGCUGCACAUCGCGGUGGAUAUAUUGAUUCUCAAAAGGAGGAAGGCCCUGCUCCUUUAUUAUGGAGAUUUUCAGAUUUCUUGAAGUGGGCCGAGCUUUGUCCAUCAGAGUCAGAAAUUGGUCACGCUUUGAUGCGUUUAGUGAUUACUGGACAGGAAAUACCACAUGCCUGCGAGGUCGAGCUUCUUAUUCUAUCACACCACUUCUACAAAUCAUCCGCUUGCCUCGAUGGUGUUGAUGUUCUUGUGGCCCUCGCAGCCACCAGAGUAGAUGCGUAUGUUUCUGAAGGCGAUUUCCCAUGUUUGGCUCGCCUAAUAACCGGAGUCGGAAAUUUCCAUGCCCUCAAUUUCAUACUCGGAAUUCUUAUCGAAAAUGGCCAGCUGGAACUUCUUCUUCAGAAGUACUCAGCUGCUGCCGACACUCACACUGGCACUGCUCAGGCGGUCAGAGGAUUCCGUAUGGCUGUUCUAACAUCACUGAAGCAAUUCAACCCAAAUGAUCUCGAUGCAUUUGCCAUGGUGUAUAAUCACUUCGAUAUGAAGCAUGAAACAGCUUCCCUACUGGAAUCACGAGCCGAGCAAUCAUAUCACAUGUGGUUCCUUCGUUACAACAAAGAUCAUACGGAAGACCUCUUAGAAUCUAUGCGAUAUUUUAUUGAAGCAGCCGAAGUUCACUCCUCUAUUGAUGCCGGCAACAAAACCCGUGCUGCUUGUGCUAGUGCAUCUCUUGUCUCCCUUCAGAUACGGAUGCCCGAUUUCCAGUGGCUCAGUUUAUCGGCUACCAACGCCCGACGAGCUCUCGUCGAACAAUCCCGUUUUCAAGAGGCCCUUAUUGUUGCUGAAGCAUAUGGCCUUAAUCAGCCUGGUGAGUGGGCCUUGGUCCUCUGGAAUCAGAUGUUAAAACCCGAGCUGACCGAGCAGUUUGUAGCCGAGUUCGUAGCCGUCCUCCCUCUCCAGCCCACCAUGCUUGCUGAAAUAGCACGAUUCUACCGUGCUGAGGUGGCGGCCCGUGGGGACCAGUCCCAAUUCUCCGUUUGGCUGACAGGUGGCGGAUUACCUGCCGAGUGGGCAAAGUAUCUGGAGAGAUCAUUUAGAUGUUUAUUAAAGAGGACAAGGGAUCUACGGCUGAGAUUGCAGUUGGCAACAGUCGCAACAGGCUUCGGCGAUGUGAUCAACGGAUGCUUGAAAUCGUUAGAUCGUGUCCCCGAUAAUGGUGGGCCACUUGUGCUGCGGAAAGGGCACGGUGGGGCCUACCUUCCUCUAAUGUGAUCAUCGAUCUCUUCAAUUUGUUGUGUGAAGUGGCAAAAAAAAACUUAUACAGAAAAGAAGGUUAGUUGAUUAGAUUUGAAGGAGUUUUGAUACAUCACUGGUUUUCGUUUUUGACCUUUUCUCGAGCACAAGGGGCGGAAUUCGCUCAUGCGGAAAACACGGAUAUGGGCCAUAGAGCAAAAAAUCAUUGUGAUGAUUCAUUUUUGUCGAUUUGAUUUGUGUUUGGUUGGUGUAAUUCUUUUGUAAGAAAUGUACAUUUAGUGUGUCAAACGUGUAGAUGUGUGUGUUGAACAAGUUUUAAAAUGGUGGGUGCCCUUUGCCUUUGUCACCUUUCCCUUCUAAAUCAAUACAAAGUGUCGAAUAUACCAAUU